GGAAGAAAGGAAAGGAGGAAUGAACAAGUCAAGCAAAGUUACUGGGGGACAAUUCAUUCAUUCAUCAGUCUACCCAUUCAAUCAUUCAUUCAACAAAUAUCUACUGAGUUCCUACCAGGCCCCGAUCCAGGCCUUAAGGAUACAAUUUGCAAGCUCAGGGGACCGGUGACUCACUCAGCAUUUCCAGGUGACUUUGGUGUGUGCAUAUGUAUGUGUAUUGUACGUGUGCAAGGCCUUCUGUUUACAAGGGCCUGCUGCCGGGGCACCUGUCUUCCCUGGGGCCUGGUGCUUUUAACAUCUGUCCCUGGAUCCUGUUGCAGCCCGAAAUAAGGCUGUGAGCCACCACAAGGCGAGGACAACUCUUGUCAGCUGAGGCCAGAGCCAGCGGCAAGGCACACCCAGCUCACCGCCUGCACAGACACCAACGACCACUCAACUCUCAGCUUCCCGACAGAGGUGUUAAUCUGAGGGUCUGACACUCCCUCCUGCCCACUGUGGUUCCAUCUCUCAGUCUCUUCUCCACAGGAUGAUCCCCAAGGAGCAGAAGGGGCCAGUAAUGACUACCAUGGGGGACCUCACUGAACCAGUCCCUUUGCUGGACCUGGGCAAGAAGCUGAGCGUGCCCCAGGACUUGAUGAUGGAAGAGCUAUCACUGCGUAACAACAGAGGAUCCCUCCUUUUCCAGAAGAGACAGCGCCGCGUGCAGAAAUUCACCUUUGAGUUUGCAUCCAGCCCGCGUGCGCUCGUGGCAGGAAGCGCCAAGGAGAAGGUGACUGGAACAGCAGAACCUGGGAUGGUUGCCAACACCUCCAAUGGGCAGAACUACUGCUCUGAGCUCCACAUCUUCCCGACCUCAGGGCCCGGGGGCCCUGAGGAUGCCCAGCCCACAGCCGCCCGGCCAGUGAGUGCCCGCAGCCCCAGUGCCCUGGCGCCAGGCUAUGCUGAGCCACUGAAGGGCGUCCCUCCCGAGAAGUUCAACCACACGGCCAUCCCCAAGGGCUACAGCUGCCCAUGGCAGGAGUUUGUCAGCUACCGGGCCGACGUGGGCGAAGGCAGAAGUCACACCCCCAGCCUGGCGGAGUAUCGAAAUUUCAACAAUAGCUAUAUAGUGCUCUGCCAUGACACCGGUGCCCUUUGGAGGACCCCUGGUGGGGGAAACCAUUCCGAGGGCAGGCACCCCCUUCGUCCCGGAGCUCACCAGUGGCUUGGAACUCCUCCGCCUCAGACCCAGCUUCAACAGGGUGGCCCAGGGCUGGGUCCGCAACCUCCCAGAGUCUGAGGAGCUGUAGCCCCAGCCGCUUCAAUUCCCCCAUCUCAGAGUUCGGGUAGCACCUGGAGCCAAGACUUGUGGACAGCACUUCACAGUUUACGAAGGGCCAUCACACACAAAUGGCCUCAAAGGUCACGAAGUUCAGCAGUUCCCAAAUGUGGUGUGCUUCAAAAUUACCUGGAGGUGUUUUAAUACAGAUUUCUGGCCCGUCCCAAACCUGCAGCAUCAGAAUCUCCUGAGUGGAGGGUCUCUAUUAGUAACUAGUACUCCCAGCUGAUUCCAGGAAAACUCAUCCCUGGUUUGUAUCUUUAGGAAUCCAAACCACCAAUGACUUCACAUCCAAGCCUCUACUCUUUCCUGCUCCUAUGGUCUAGCUUACACUGCCCCAACGACAGGGAGCUCACUAGCCGGCUAUUUACCUGCGAAUCACUCUGAUAAUUAGAUUUUCCUUUUACUGAGACACAGGUGGUCUUUAUUUAUGCUGUUAACAUUUACUAAGCACCGACUGUGUGCUAGCCGCCGUGCCAGCUCCAGGGAGAGGGUGUGGUGAGUAAGCCGAGGCCCUAGCCUAGGGAGGAAAAGACAGUAGAGAAGACAGAUUUGUAAAGCAGGAAGUCAUCUUAAUUUUCCCUAAAGCACGCUAAUUGACAACUGAGGAACAAAGUGCCAGUGAAGCAGAGGAGGGGUUCUCUAACCCUGGCUGUGGGGUGGGAUUCUGGGAAGCUUCCCAGAGGAUUCGAGUGGGGCCUCAGAGGAAUGACAGUCCAUCAAGGGAAGGGGGUGUGAUGGGGAGAGUGUGAUGGGGAGGGCAUCCCUGGCAAGUGCACAGAGAGUGCAAAGGUGCAGAGUUGCAAUGGGGGCAGGUGUUGUGGAGAAGGGAGAUGGCAAUGUCAAAGGAGUCAGUGACUCCUCAGGGGGCCAGAGUCGGGUGGGCUGCACUAAGGAGAUGGGGCGGUUCUUGGGCUGGAGAGCGAAGGGUCUCGCUGGUUGCUGUGUGGAGCACAGACUGGAGAGGUGUACAGCUGGAAGCCAGGAUCCUUGAAGGAACAAGGCCUGGACUAGGGAGGCAGCCGUGGGGUCAGAGAGAAGGGGCAGCGCUCGGCACCUCACAGGACAGGUGCAGAGUAGGGUGCUUACAAGGACAACUCCUUUCCAGCCGCUUCCACUCACCUUUUAGAGCAGGCGCCAGGGUAGAUCUUGUCCUAGUCCCCACCAGGAGUUUUUCUGCCUGUAUGCUGGCUUGUUAGGAAGAGAAGGGAAAGGAACGCCUCACUGCAGGUGCUGGUGAUAAUGAUGACUAUGGUUGCUUUUUAUUGGGUGCCUCAGUGCUUGGGCUGGUAGUAGGUUCUCUCCGUAUCCCAUUUCUAAUUUUCAGUACAACCUUGAGACAAAGGUAUUGUCCCGUUUUACAGAUGCGGAUAUCCAGGCUCAAAAGGGGGAAGUGACUUGUCCAGGGACAAAUGGGGAUCUGUUCGAUUCCAGUGGAUGUUUCUUAUCACCCCACUGGGCGGCCAAGCCCAUUCACUCUGGAAUCACCUAGUCAUGGUGCCCUGCUUUAAGGUUAAGAGUACAGCCUGGGGGUCAGACAGGAUGGGGUGGGUUCUAAUGCCACCACUGGCUGUGUGAACUCAAGUCAUUUCUCACCUGUGGGCCUCUAAUUCUCUACCUGUAAGGUGAGGACGAGAGUAGAAGCCCCUGCAUAGAGUUUCGUGGGCAUAGUGAUGGACACAUACCUAAUAAGCACUCAAUCAUUAUCAGAUUCCAUGCAGCUACUACUCUUGGCUGAUAAGAUGUUCCCGCAGUGAGUGCACCUUAAGAAGCAGGCUCAUGGAAAUGUCACUGGGGGUCAGUAAAGCUGAAACGUGAAGGAAAGCCUCUGAUCACUGUAGGGCUCUGUUGGACAAGGCUCACCUCCUUCCCCGCUGCUUCCCUCUGUCUCCGCCCUGACGCCCUCUCCUGGGGAGAUGAGAAGGCUAGGGAUCUAGCUGGUUCCCAGGUGCACGGGAUAGUGGUUGCAUUUUCCUUUUGCUCUGGAGUUUCACUCUGCCCCACACAGUUUCAAGGGGCCAACGGCUGACUCAGAUUUGCUUGCAGUUGAUGUGUUGGCUUCAAUUUGGGGCCUGCCAUUUAAAGUCAUGUUUCCAAGAGCUGAAAGCCAACCAUUAAAAGUGUCUGAAACACAGAAGAGAGUAUUUGGUCUGCCUUGGGUUGGCUCUGCUGUGCUCUGAGGGUAAUGGCAGCCACCAGGGACAGAAGAGGAGAGACUGGUAGGGAGCCUGCUGCACCCCAAAGUAAAUUCUCAUUCCUUCCUUAUUCUGAUGUGACUUCUGCUGAUGUUGUUGUUGUUGUUGUUGUUGUU